AUGGGUAGCUCUGAUUCAUCACCUUUUGAAACAAAUGAGCAGGGGGAAUUGAAACCUAGCAGGAGUAUGCCAACAUGGCUAGGACCACUUUUGAAGAAGACAUUCUUUGGGGAAUGUUUGGUGCAUGAUGGACUUCAAAAGAAUCAAAGGAGCAAGUACUGUAUCACAUGUGAUUCAGAUUUAUGCAGGUAUUGCAUCUCUACAAACAAACACAAUGAUCAUGACCAGCUAAAGAUUUAUCGACAUGUUUACAAAGACGUUGUUACUCUCGAGCAGAUGAAGAAGUAUAUUGACUGCAAACUAAUUCAGACAUACAAAUGCAACAAGAAAUGGAUAAUUGCUUUGAAUCCUCUGCCACAUUCUGGGUCUCGAUCAUUAAUUGCUGGAGAUCCUACUUGUCUCACUUGCAAAAGGAGAUUGCAUGACCCUGAACGGUUUCAAUUCUGUAGCAUUGCUUGCCAGGUGGAAGCAAAAUGGGGAAAGAUUGCUGAGACGAAGCGGAAGCGCAAGAGGAAGGGAAUUCCUUGCAGAGCUCCUUUAAAAUAAAAAUGAUUUGCUUUAAUUUGAUCAUUUUGAAGUACUUUGCUUGAAUAAUUUUAAACUGUGUGAU